AUGCCACAAACCUACAACAAAGCCUUCAUCCCCCUCGAAUCAAAUCCCCAAAUCUUCAACGAACUCAUCGCCGCCCUCGGUGCCUCAUCCAGCCUUCACUUUCAAGACGUCUUCACCCUCGACGACCCAAUCUUCCUCCCGCCCAAAAUACUCGCCCUCGUUCUCGUCUUCCCCACAACGCCGACCUAUGAAGCGCGGCUGACGGCCGAGGACGUCGGUGCAAAGGAUUGGAUGGUGGAGCAUGAUGAGGAGGACGAGGAUGUGGUGUGGUUCAAGCAGACUAUCAAUAAUGCCUGUGGGUUGUAUGCUGUUUUGCAUGCUUUGGCAAAUGGGCGAGCCAAGGACUUCCUAACGCCUGGAUCGUUGCUAGACAGCCUCCUCUCUAUCACCGCGCCCAUGGACCCAGCCCAGGCCGCCAUGGUGCUGGAAGGCUCAACAGAACUCGAGGAUGCGUAUGCUGCCAUCGCGACAAAGGGCGAUACCGCGGCACCGCAGAGUGCAGAGGACGAAGUCUACUUCCAUUACAUCUGUUUUGUCAAAUCACCAGACACGGGCCAUCUCUACGAACUGGACGGAGAUAGAAAGGGCCCGGUGGACAAAGGAAUCCCAGACGAGGCAGAAAAGGUGGAUCUUGGACCAAAGUCCGUAGACAUUGUCAGAAACUUUGUUGCGCAAGGAGGGGACGAUAUUGGCUUCAGUCUCUUGGCCUUGACUGAAGGAGCAUGA